UUUCGGUCGGGGAUCUUUAAUCCUCUGCCGCAGCAGCGCAGCCGGUAACCGGAGGAGGGGGGAGCACGGUCGGACGGGAAUGGACCGCACAGGCUAGGCUAGCGCUCAAGGCCGAAAUAGGUCCGGUCUUUAGGUGGAUGAUCAUAUCCCGGGUGAAACGCACGAAGCGACCAGAACGAGAAGACUCUCCCCGCAGAGGCGAGACCCCCUCCUCUCGAUCCGAGCCUGCAGCCCGUUUCUCGGGACAGACCUCCCCCGGACGCGCUCCUCUAUUUAAAAUCGGUUUCCCGUCGCGCGUUUGCCGCUUGCCGAACCCUCGACGCGGCUGUCGGUGCGUCGGUGCGCGGACGCUCGGCCUCGUCCUGCCGGUUCUUCGCUCCCCGGUUCGCCCUUCAGCCCGCUGUUCCUGUCAGCUGCUGCGCAUCAGCAAAACAUGCAGGAUGAGCCUGUGGGGGUGACAAGCACGCAGUUACCCCCGUCAGCCGAGGCAAAGGCCCGCAGCGGAUCCGACGAGCGGCCGGACCGAGCCGAUGACCUCGACGGCGGCCAGCUGAGCGCAUUCACGCCGGAUUACAACCAUCUGAAGCAGAAGAUCGCUUUCCCCGAUUUCGAGCCAGAUCGCUUUUCCCCGACGCGGUCCGCCUGUGACCUUCAGCACGGCCGAAGCCCCCAUCAGCAGUUAGGUCAGCGCUCCGAGUUUAGCCCCGCGGAGUCGCCCCCGCCCCGGGGACAUUUCGGUCACCUGCCGCAGAGGCAGCCCUUCCCCAAGCCCGACCCCAGCGCCGACCCCCGCCGCUACCCAGUGGAGGAGGCUGAAGCUGAUGCUGCGUCGCCAUCGCCCACUUCCGUCAACCUGAACCAGAUCCAAAUGGACUCCCCCAUCGCGCACCAUAUCAAUAACGGCAAUGGCAGCGGCGGCGGCGGCGGCGCCGGCGGUGGCAUGCUGUCCGGGGGUCUCAGCGCCGCUUUCCCCAACCUCCCCGCCCAGGACAUGCAGAGCGCCAGCGGGGGCUCGUCCUCGCCCUCCAUCCCCGGGUUCGGCACGCCGUGGUCCGUCCAGACCAGCUCCUCUCCUCCGCCGCCGCCGCCCGCGCCCAACUCCAUCAACCACAUCCACCCAAACGCCAUUAACCAGAUGCCCAACGCAGACUCCGACAACAGCUUUUACCCAGGUAUCCCCUCCUCCAUCAACCCGGCCUUCUUCCAGAGUUUCUCGCCGGUGUCGGCUAAUCCGUGCGCCGGGAUUAAUGUGCAGGGCUUCAGCGGUCCGUUUUCGCCCCAGAUAAACGUCCCCCAACAGCCGCAGAGCCGCAGGUCCCCUGUCAGUCCCCAGAUGCACCCGCAGCAGGGCGCCUUCCUGCAGCAGAGGAACAACUACAACCAACAUCAGCCCAUGAUGAAGCCAUCUCCCUGGGGCAGUCACCAGGGGAACGGCUGGGGCUCUGGUGGGAUGUCCUGGGGCCGGGACCACCGCAGAGGGAGCGGUAUGGGCGUACCUGGAUCGGUUAGCCACAUCUCGCCCCUGAAGAAGCCCUUCUCCAGCAACGUCAUCGCCCCUCCCAAGUUCCCACGCCUGGGAGGAUCGCUGGGACCUAAAUCCUGGAUCGAGGAGAACAUGUUUCGCACAGACAGCAACAGCAACACCUUGUUGCCCCUGCAGGACCGCUCCAGGAUGUACGACAGUCUGAACAUGCACUCCUUGGAGAGCUCUCUGAUCGACAUCAUGCGGGCUGAGCAGGACCCAAUGAAAGGCCGUGUGGGAUGCCCUAACCCCGGGGCUGACGGUCUCCUCAUGCUCAAUGCGAGGAGCUAUGGGAGGCGUCGAGGCCGCUCUUCCCUGUUCCCCAUUGAUGACAAUCUCCUGGACGAUGGCCACAGCAACCAGGGCGUCCCUGGAGUCCUCGGCUCCCCAAACUGUUACCCCCACCAAAACGGCGAGCGCAUUGAGCGCUUCUCUCGCAAGGUGUUUGUUGGGGGUCUGCCUCCUGACAUAGACGAAGAUGAAAUAACCUCCAGCUUUCGUCGCUUUGGUCACCUGGUGGUGGACUGGCCGCACAAGGCCGAGAGCAAAUCCUACUUUCCUCCUAAAGGUUACGCCUUCCUGUUGUUCCAGGAGGAGAGCUCGGUGCAGGCUCUGAUCGAGGCCUGCAUGGAGGAGGACGGGAAGCUCUACCUGUGUGUCUCCAGCCCCACCAUCAAAGACAAGCCUGUGCAAAUCCGACCCUGGAACCUGAGCGACAGUGAUUUCGUGAUGGAUGGAUCUCAGCCCCUGGAUCCCCGCAAGACCAUCUUUGUGGGAGGCGUCCCUCGUCCCCUGAGAGCCAUUGAGCUGGCCAUGAUUAUGGACCGUCUCUAUGGUGGAGUGUGCUACGCAGGAAUUGACACAGAUCCAGAGCUGAAGUAUCCCAAGGGGGCGGGACGAGUAGCAUUCUCCAAUCAGCAGAGUUACAUCGCCGCCAUCAGCGCCAGAUUCGUCCAGCUGCAGCAUGGCGACAUUGACAAGCGGGUUGAGGUCAAGCCUUAUGUCUUGGACGACCAGCUGUGUGACGAGUGCCAGGGCGCACGCUGCGGCGGGAAGUUCGCUCCCUUCUUCUGCGCCAACGUCACCUGUCUUCAGUACUACUGCGAGUUUUGCUGGGCUAACAUCCACUCCCGCGCCGGGCGUGAGUUUCACAAGCCGCUGGUGAAAGAAGGCGCCGACCGCCCGCGCCAGAUUCAUUUCCGCUGGAAUUAAAGAUCCGUGACGCAGGCCGAGGAAAGGGAAAUGAAACACUGGCUAACAGGAACACGAGCAUCGCUCUGACUCUCCUGCUUUCCUAAGCUAUCAGUAUAAUCAAGUACGUAACACUAUACAGUAUAUACUAUAUAUAUAUAUAUAUAUAUAUAUAUAUAUCUAUAUAUCUUUUGUAGCAGCCAAACACCACAAGCCUCAGUUUUUCACCAAAACCCCCCUCACAUCUCAGGCUCUGACAACUCUACAACUCUUUUGUGGUACUUUCAUCUUUUCUAAGAGGAGAUUUAAAAAUGAAGAAGAAGAGAUUGAUUUUUGUAGCUUUUUUUAUUAUUUUUAUUUUUGUAUGUGAGAUUUAAAGUAGAUACAGGAAUGUUUUUUGCAUGGGGGCAGCUUGUCUGUCUGUCUGUCUGCUGCUAUCCACCCCACGGUGCGUUCAGUGCACACUUGUUUCUGGGAACGAAGACAAACACGAAACAACAACAACUUGAUUAUCUUAAUGUUGACUCCUACACCAGUUCAUUAACCAAAGUUAGCUUAAAUAAGAUAGGAGGCUUAAAAUUGACACAGUUUCUGUCGCAGAUAACAACGGUUGUUUUAUUGACAUCGCCAUAGAAUUCCUCCGUGAAGAGUUUAUCAAAGAAACACAAAAAAGAUGUUAUUUUUGUGCUCGUAUGACCCGCACGGUUUCUGCUUAGUAUAUUCAACAUAUAUACUCAAACAAACUAUUUCAGAAGCUUUCCUGCCAUAUAUAUAUAUAUAUAUAUAUAUAUAUAUAUAUAUAUAUAUAUAUAUAUAUAUAUAUAUAUAUAUAUAUAUACAUAUAUAUAUAUAUAAUGUGUAGGUAUUAUAUUUAAUGCCAUUUUUAAAGCGGAAUCGUGUAAAAUUAAAUGCAGUAUGCACUCAAACACUAAUGGUUCCCCAUUGCCAUUGGAAGAAUUAGAGUGCAUGUAGGCUUAGCUACACAAAUAGCAUGCAGGACAGAUGUGGGAGGAAUAAAAUACCCUGAGGAAAUAAAAGAAAAAGCUUAAAAAAAAUAAAUAAAGCAUACCACUGAAUCCUGAUCAAAAAUGAGGUGAAAAAUUCUAUAAACAAAUAGCAUGAUUGUCAAUUACAGAUGCCGAAGAGGGAAAAAAAAUCAGAUGAAGAUAGUUUAAAAAAAAUGAAGUUUGAAAAAAAUAAUAUAUUUAAACUUGCAUGAAUUGAUGUUUCUCUGUUGUUUGAUCCGUUUACAUAUUGACAAUACAAGAAGUGGUUAUUGGUUCUUCUGUAGACUUAGUGGACGCCAUCUUUUUGUGACUUAUAUGACGGUUUAAAUGAAAAAAAAAAAAAAGACAAAACAAAAAAUCCAGGCGAGAAACAGAAUGGUGUUCAGUGGUUUGUGUCUGUGUGUCGUCCAUGUGCUGUGUGACUGUUGUUAGUGUAGACUGAGGCUCUAGUUUAGACACCCACACACUGCGUAAGGGAGAACUCUCCAUCACAGCGACUCUGCCUUCGCCCCCUUCCUUUCCCGUCCGUCCCACGUGUUGCCCCUUCCAAAGUCUUUAACCUGCUGUAGCGCUGCCCUGGUGGACCGCAUGCAGGGCACAAGACUGUCGCUUUGGACGAAUUAACUGGUUUAAAGAAUCUUUUUAGUGCUCCUCCACUUCACCAAACUGCUGAUUUUAUAAGGAAACAGUCAGGCUCUGAGAAGACACAGAUGUUCUCUUGAAACUCUCCUCUCUCUUUGCUUUUAUUGUUUGUUUGAGUUCCACCUCGACCCUUGAAAGACUCUUUAAAUACACAAUUUUAGGGACAAUCUUUUGUGAGGACGGCGCCCCUGCCGUCCAUUCAGUACUGUACAAGUGUGUGUUGCUCUGGUGUCGUCGUGGUUUCAGUGUUUCAUGCCUUGCUGUGUGCUCCUCGGUAUCAGUGUUCAGGCGUUCAGUGUGUACUGUUACUUACCCCUUAAUGAAGCUGAGACUCAAACUUCUCUGUCUUUAUUUUUUUUAAGCUUACAGCUGUAUUCACGUGAUUUGCUUGUAAUCUAACUACUUAACCUGUCUCGGUCUUUUUUAUAAGCUAUAUUAUGCACUAGUUUUCUAUAUCCUCGCCCAUUUCUCUUUUUUCUCGCUCCGCCCGCCCCCCACCACCCAUAUGUGAUUUUGUGCAGAUGUGGACUCUCUGAAACCCCCUACCUAUUUAUAAUGCCACAGAUGAUUUGUGAAAUUUCUUAUUUUUUCACAGUUGCUUAUUUAGGAUGUUUUGUCUGUGUGAGUAGAGCAGGAAUCCUGACAUUUUUCUAUCAUGGCGAAAGCUAACAAACGACCCUCUGCUCCUCCUCCUCCUCCUCCUCCUCCUCCUCCUCCUCCUCCUCCCCCCAGUGUGGCUUUGGUUCUCAUGGUGUCCGAUGAUGUUUGGAUAUCGUCACCUGUAACACUUGACUCGUGCUGUUUUUGUGAGGUUCUAUUUUCUAUGUUCAACACUGUUUCUUUGUUCUGUGUGUGUCCUUGUUUUUGUAAAAAUUAUAUUUAUUUCACUAUUUUUGUAGACAAAAAAAAAAAAACUAUUUGAUUUUGAUUGUAUUUUUCUAUUUAAAUAGGACUAAUAUAACGAUUUAUUUCCCCUACUCCCCAUUCCAUCUAAAACUUGUGUUCACAGACAAAGAAUCAUGUCAUCAGUAACAACAUCAGAGUUUUUGAUAUACAGCUGAUUCUUAUUUUGAUACACAUGACACGUUUCAUUUGAAGGAAGGAAACAUGAAGGUUUUACUAUAUUCUGGGAAGACACUUGAGAUUCUCCCCUGUUGCAUCGAGGCCCCGGCUGCCUGUCCUCGUAGAUACUCUGAAACUUGAAUAUAACACAUUUUGAAAGGCUGACUAACCUCGAAUCUGUGUUGUGAUGUGCAAUACUGUUUCUAAUGUUUGUAUAAAAGUAAGAAAUACAGUGUAAACCUUUUUAAUGCAGAUUUAUUUUUUUCAUUGCAUAUUUUGCAGAUUUCUGAUCCACAGUGUCAUUUUUUACUGUCAGGAGGAAAAAAUAAAAAAAUAAACCCCGUUUUUUCAUUGCAAGUAUUUUUAAAUCCAGAUAUCUUUGUACUGAUGUAAAUGAUUGUAGUUAUUUUGGAUAGUGUUUUGCUAACAAAAGGAGAGACUUUUUCAUGCAUAUUUCUAUUUCAUUUCAUCUUGUUUUAUCCCACAUUUUUAUUUCAUUUAAUAGUAGCAGAAUUCUUGGAAUAAUUUUUCAUAUUUAAAUGUUAUUGGUAUUAUUUUGUAUUUUUAUGUGGAAAUACACUAUAUAUAAUUUUAAGAUGCUAAUUGCUAAUAUAAUAUUUUGAGUUUAAUUAUUUUUAAAGCUAAAUAUUUGUAAUUUUAUUGUUAAAGUGACUAAUUUCUAAAUCAGAGUUUGUGUAUAGAAUCACAAAAGUGGUAUAUGAGGUGUUUGGAUUGUAAUUAUUACUGAAUGGUUCUUUGAUAUGCAAACUGAAUUUCAUGUUUAUUUUUAUUUUUGUUGGUUUUGUAUUUAAAUGGGGUGUUGAUUACAAUCUCUUUUUUUUCUUCUUUUCUUUCACUUCCUGAAUAAAGACCCAUUCUGUUUGGA